AUGGACACCGGUGACUCCUCCUCCGCCGAGCUCUCGGGCAACACCCCUCCUGCCCCUCCGCCGGUAACCACGUCCUCCCCGCUGGUUGCUCCGGUCGCCUCGGCUUCGGACGCCAUCCCCCCUUCGGCCAUGACCGUGCUGCCUCUUCUUCCUCCCCCUGCCAUCACCGAUGCGGCUCCCUCUUCUUCCACCACCAUCCCCUCCAUCCACAACCUCCACAACAUUGGUAGCCUCAUCACCUUCAAACUCGACGUGCAGUCCGGCAGCUACUCCAAGUGGCGCGAGCUUUGGCGUUGCGUUCUCUCCAUGUACGCCGUCGAGGAUCACGUCACCCACUACGUCGACCCCGCCCACCAGACGCCCGUCUGGCGCCACACCGACCUCACCAUCCUGUUGCUGCUCUACGCCACGAUCACCGACUCCCUGUACGAGGUCAUCCGCGGCAGCAGCAACACGGCGUUCCGCGCCUGGGACAGGCUGCGGGAGUUCUUCCUCGCCAUCGCCAACCAGCCCGCCCAGGCCGUGCACCUCAGCGCCGAGUUCCGCGCCCUCACCCAGGGGUACAUGCGCGUCGCCGAGUACUGCGGGCGUCUCAAGGCGCUGGCGGACGCCCUCGCGGACGUCGACGAGCCCAUCACCGACCGCACCCUGACCCUCCAGCUUCUCCGCGGGCUCUCUCGGCGCUAUCAGGUGAUCGCCACUGUUCUGCCUAUGCAAACUCCGUUUCCCACCUUCAACCAGGCCCGCUCGCAGUUGCUGCUCGAGGAGAUCACUCAGGACGCGCGCGAUCGCACCGACGGCUCCACCGCGCUCGCCAUCGGACUCGGCGGCGGCGGUGGUGGUGGCGGCGGAGGCGGGCCUGCCUCCGGUGGUGACCGCGGUGACCGCGACAAAGCACCCGCUGACGCUGGCAGCCACACCCACACCGGCAACAACACUCGCGGGCGCGGCGCUGGGCGCGGCCAUGGGCGCGGCGGCCCCAACGGCGGGCGCAGCCAGCAGCAUCUGAUCCCGGGGGGCAGCACUCCCUGGAUGGGUUACUUCGCCCCAUGGGGCACGCCGUUCCCUCCCCAAGGGCGCGCGCCCUGGGUGCCUCCAAACGCCGCUGGGGUGCUCGGUCCGCGGCCCGGCAACCCUGCUCACGCCUACCCCGUCGUCUACCCUGGCGCGCCCUCCUCUUCCGGCCACCCUCCACCGCCGCCAUCAUGGGAUCAGGCCGGCCUGAUCGCGGCCAUGCAGAACAUGUCCAUGCAGCAACAGCAGCAGCCCGGCGAGUGGUACCUCGACUCGGGCGCCUCCUCCCACGUGACAGGGAACCCAGGAUCUAGCCACUCGGACCCCGCUCAUGAGCUGCAGUAG